AUGCCCAAAAUCGAAAAUACCACUGGAAUGGCAAUAAAUUUGAUUAUUGAUGAACUAAAAAGUGAUGACAUACGAAAAAGGAUUCAUUCAGUCAAACAUUUAGAUUUAAUUGCUAGCACAAUUGGUCCAGAUAGAACAAAAAAUGAACUCAUUCCGUUCAUUUAAGGUAUGCAAAUAUCUAAUGUAGAAUUGUUGGAUGAUGAUGACGAAGUAUUGAUCGAAUUAGUAGAUUCAUUAUCAAGAAAUUUUGUAGAGCUUGUAGGAGGUUAAGCAUAAGUUCUACUGCCUACAUUUGAAGCCUUAUGCAGAGUGGAAGAUGCUUCAGUAAGAGAAAAAGUAAAAUAAUUACUUAUCAAGGCUGCCAAUCAAAUCAAAAAAUGUCUAACUCAACUUCCAGACUAAAAGAAAGUAGAAGAAUUAUCAAUUGGAAUUAUAAAGAGAUUAAAUGAUAGCGAUUAUUACAUGGCUAAGAAUGCAGUAGCAAUUUUAAUUCCAGCAAUCUUUAAUCAAGUUUCAUAGAACAAUCAGAACGACUUAAUAAAUAUCAUACUCAAAAUGUCUUAGGAUCAAAUUCCUCAAGUUAGAAAAUUCACAUCCAUGUAUUUUCAAGUAUUAAUUUUUUCAAAAUUUAGGAUUUGGUUAAACAUUUCCCAUUAGUAAACGAAACCUUCAUUCAAAACACAUUGAAUUCCUUCAUUAAAGACGAAUAGGACUUCAUUAGAAUGUACAUUGUAGAUGCAUUAAUACAAUCAAGUAAAACCGCUUUCUUCCAAAAAUAACAAAACCUUGUUCUUACUAUGUUUAAAUAACUGGCUGAAGAUCAAUCAUGGAGAGUCAGAUUCUAUUUUUGUGAUAAAUUGGCUGAAGUAAGAAUAUUGAAUAUAAAAAAGAUAGGUGAAGCUGUAACUAAAGAAGGCUAUAGAAAGAAUUUCUAGAAUUAUCAUCUCAAGUUCCUCUAAGAUGCUGAACCUGAGAUGAAAUCAAUUGCUGCUUUGAAAAUUGAAAGAGUCAGUGGUCUCAUGGAUCCAGAAGAUAUUCUAAAUAAACUAAUCCCUCUUUUGAAAACAAUACAGUCUGACACAAAUGCAUUUGUUAGAAGUAUAACUAAUCAAUAAUUAAACUUAAAGACGCCUUAGCCUCUUCAGUCUUGGCAUUAUGUCCAAUUAUCGGUAAGAAGAAUACAAGUGAACAAAUUUUACCAAUCUUUUUGACCUUACUCAAAGACUAAGAUUCAGAAGUCAGAAUAACCCUCUUUAAGAAAUUAAGUCUUAUCACAAAUGUGUUGGGUGUUGAUUCUUUAUCCCAAAGUGUUAUCCCAGCAUUGACAGAAUUAGCACAAGAUAAGAAUUGGAGAAUAAGGGCUUCAACUAUAGAAGUUUUGAGUUUCUUUGCAAGAGCAAUAGGCCCAGAGUUUUUAUCUGAUAAGGUUCUGAAAUUGUUAUUAGAUUGGAUGGGCGACAAGGUCUUUUCGGUUAGAUAAACAGCAAUCCAAUAGACAGCCUAAUUGAUUUCUAUUCUUGGAUUAGCUUGGGCAGACAAAAACCUAUUAACAAAAAUAUGGGCAUUUUAAUCAAUUUAAAACUAUCUUCAUCGAUUAACUGUUUUAUUCACAAUCAAUGUAUUACACUCAUUUUAUUAUAGCAAAUUACUUCUUAAUUAAACAAUGAUUACAUUAUAAAAACUAUAGUCCCUAUUCUAUAAGCAACGGCUAAAGAUUCAGUUGCUAAUAUCAGAAGCAACGUUUGCAGAACAUCCAUAUAAUUGGCUAAAGAAAAGGGAGGUAAUGUUGUUGAUCCUAUGAAAAAAAUUCUAUAAACUCUUAGUGAUGAUUAAGAUGCUGAAGUUAAAUACUAAGCAAAAAGUGCUUUAGAAUCAUUGUGAC